UCCUCUCGUUUCUCUCGCCGUAGCUGGCGAACGUCUUCCCUCCGUCUCCCCCAUCUUUGGGUGCUGGUCGCCGUGUGUCUUCGUUGUUCCCUCGGACGGAAGGCACCGCCACCGGAUCAGCCUUCUCUGAACCCUAUUUACUAUUUAUACAGUAUAUUCCGAUCUCUGAACUCCCUCGUAGAAGGACGGGAGGGAGGUUAGUGGAGGGCUGUAAGGUUGUACACAUAAAGGGGACUAGAAAUGGUUGACGCUAAUAACAGUCUCAGAGUGCUUGUUGCAACUGAUUGUCAUCUUGGUUAUAUGGAGAAAGAUGAAAUUCGUAGAGUUGACUCCUUUCAGGCUUUUGAGGAGAUUUGUUCUAUCGCCGAGAAAAACCAGGUUGAUUUCCUCCUCCUUGGCGGUGAUUUGUUUCAUGAGAAUAAACCUUCAAGAUCUACUUUGGUCAAGACAAUUGAAAUUUUGAGGAGGUACUGUCUCAAUGACCGUCCAGUGCAGUUCCAAGUUGUCAGUGACCAGACAGUGAACUUCCAGAAUAUCUUUGGUCAUGUCAACUAUGAAGAUCCUCAUUUCAAUGUUGGGUUGCCAGUAUUCACUAUCCAUGGGAAUCAUGAUGAUCCUGCUGGAGUGGAUAACCUUUCUGCCAUUGAUAUCCUCUCUGCUAGCAAUCUUGUGAACUAUUUUGGUAAAAUGGUCCUAGGCGGUUCUGGUGUUGGUGAAAUAACAAUUUAUCCUAUACUCAUUAGAAAGGGUAUCACUUCAAUUGCCUUGUAUGGUCUUGGAAAUAUUCGCGAUGAACGACUCAACAGAAUGUUUCAGACGCCACACGCCGUGCAGUGGAUAAGGCCGGAAGCCCAAGAAGGUUUUCCUAUAUCAGAUUGGUUUAACAUACUGGUUCUUCAUCAAAAUAGAGUCAAGGCAAAUCCUAAGAAUGCGAUAAAUGAACAUUUCUUGCCGCGCUUUUUGGAUUUUGUUGUGUGGGGGCAUGAGCAUGAAUGCCUUGUGGAUCCUCAGGAGGUACCAGGAAUGGGGUUCCAUAUUACUCAACCAGGGUCAUCUGUUGCAACAUCAUUGAUCGAUGGAGAAGCAAAACCGAAACAUGUACUUCUCUUGGAGAUUAAGGGAAGUCAGUAUAGACCCACAAAAAUACCUUUGAAAUCAGUCAGGCCCUUUGAGUAUGCUGAGGUUGUCCUUAAAGAUGAGGAUGGAAUUGAUCCCAAUGAUCAAGCAUCUGUCCUUGAACAUCUGGACAAAGUGGUCAGAGACCUGAUUGACAGAAGUACAAAAUCAGCCAUAAGUAGAUUGGAGCUCAAGUUACCUUUGGUGAGAAUUAAGGUUGAUUACUCUGGAUUUUCAACAAUUAAUCCUCAGAGAUUUGGCCAGAAAUACGUUGGAAAGGUUGCUAAUCCUCAAGACAUUCUCAUAUUCUCCAAAACUGCAAAGAAACGCCAAUCCACUGAAGAAAAGAUUGACGAGUCCGAAAGACUUCGUCCAGAAGAACUAAAUCAACAAAACAUUGAGGCUCUAGUUGCUGAGAGUAAUUUGAAAAUGGAGAUACUCGCAGUCAAUGAUUUGGACAUUGCAUUGCACGACUUUGUAAACAAAGAUGACAAAUUGGCCUUUUACUCGUGCUUGAGGAAUAAUCUCGAGGAAACAAGGAACAAACUGACUGCUGAAGCUGAUACAUCAAAAAUUGAUGAUGAUGACCUAAUAGUCAAAGUGGGAAUGUGCAUGCAGGAACGCGCGAAAGAGAGGUCACUUCGUCAGAAGGACAAUAUGACAAUAACAACGGGCUCACACAACUUUCAGGAUCCCAGAAGGAAAAAUGCAACUAUCCCUACUAGUGCUAAUUCUUUUAGUGAUGAAGAGGAGACAAGGCAGAUGCUCUCCAUUUCAAAGUCUUCCCAAGGAAGAGGAGGGUCUACAAGGAGAGGAAGGGGAAGGGGUUCUGGUAGACUAAAGCAGAUGUCACUAGAUGAAACUAUGAAAACCCGCCUAUCUACGAGAUCAGCGUCAGCCUCCAUGUCUGUGGCUACUAGAAAUAUUGUGGAUGAAGGAAUCGACUCCCCUUCAAGCGAGGAAACAGAAAGACAUGAAAUGAAUGAAAUUGUGGAGAGUUCUGAACCUGAAGAAACUAAUAAAGGAAAAGGUCGGAAAAGAGCUGCUCCUAGAGGAAGGGGUAGGGAUUCCGCAUCAUCUUCAAAGAGAGGGAGGAAACCAGACUUUAGUUCCAUCCACAACAUGUUCAUGAACAAGGAUGACGAUGACGAUGACGAGGAUGACAUCUCAAACAGACUUAAGAGGGUUCAACCACGGGCAACCAAGAACUACGGUGCUAUUAGGAAGAGACCAUGAAAAGUUUUUUUGUGUGUAGCUGUGGAGAUACUACUAGAGAAAUGUGUUUUCAUCUUGGCUUUGUUUUGCUUACAAGAUUUGAAGAUUACAGGGAUCAAUGCGCUUGUUCUAACUGGAAAUGAGACUCAGAGCUAGAGGUAUACGAAGAUAACAAGAUUCAUGAGGUAUGUUGGUACAGGUAUCGGCUCAUCAAUAAUUUUUCCACAAUUGCUAAGGAUAUCGAUGUUCGUUUAGUUUCCUCACCAUAUUUCAGCUGAUAUAAAUUGAUUGACUUCCUAUGUAGAUAGCAAAAUUAGAAGCACUUUCAGACACAAUGCUGAGGGAAUGAGUAAUUGAUGUAAGCUGGAAAAGCAGAACUUGUCAUUGUUCAUGGAGAAUUGCCUCGUGAACUUGUCUAAUAGUAGGCAUGUGAAUCUUGGGGCCUUAAGUGCUUGUCGCAUUUAUCUUUUUUCUGAUGGUAGACUUUGCAGGACAGGAAGCUGACGUCUAGCAGCAUACAGGCCAUUUUUUUUUUGCACAGGCAGUUUCUGGCCAACCUGUCGCAUCAUGGAAGUGAAGCAUUUUACCGUCUCCAACACUGUUUGACAAUGCUGAAGAACAAUAUCUGUCCUGUCGUGCACUAGGUUCUAAAUUCUCAUUAAUAUCUGGGGAUGCUAAAUGUACAAAACAAAAAAAAAAAGUCACUUUAUGUAAGUGGAUUGUAGUUCUGAGAGUUCGUAGCAUGUAGCCUUCCCAAUUACAGUACUGCUGGAAGAGAAACUAAAGAGAGAGAGCCAAGCAAUCUGUAGCUUUCAACUCCAUUUCCAAUUAUACUUGACCUCUCAUGAACACAGGAAGCAGAGCUUCCACCAAACUGCUGCAUCAACAACUUGGGCAAGCAGCUAGUGUUGACAAUAUUGACUAGUUUCAUUUGGGAUGCAAAGUUGGGCUAAAGCAUGUGAUACUUGCUUUAGGGCUUAACUUUAGAAUCAGUAAUUCACAUGUCCACUGAAACAAUUUACUCAUUCGAAGCUUCAAGUUUUGUUUCAUCAAUGAGUUGCAUCUUAAAGCUUGAAGCUGAACACUAGAAGCACAAUUGUGAUCUUAACUUAAACAACAAAAGAGUAUAGUGCAUUAUGAUACUGGUUUCUGGAAUUUCUGCUGAUCAACUGAUUUCCUAUGGGUGGUGGCUGUCCACACCUACUAUUUGCGUGUGCCCAUCAAGUUCAUAUAUCUGAAUAUCUAUCUUGGAUCGACAUGGUGCUCUGAAGUCCAUGGAGAACAUGAUGCUGCCAUCUCCAUGUGGGAAGAUAGAGCCAGAAGAGUGGAAUCUCUGGAAUAUGCAUUCAUUUCCAGACUAUCAUCCAAAAAGCAAGUUGUUGCCCGUCAAUUCAUGUCUUGCAUUGGUUAGAUAUCGCCACCGAUGCUACGAGUCCUUCACCCUCUAAAGAAGGGGACCAGCUUCUCGCAAAGUGUCCGAAACAGGUCACUGAAUCGUGCUUACUUUGGUAUGAAAGGAAAUCGGUUUAAAAAGUAUAAACAAGCAUGAUGCUUGAGAGUGAAUGUUGAGGAAUUUAAAGGUAAUGGUUUGUUGCUCAAAAAGCAAGUGUUGCAUAAAUGAAGGCACCUCCAGUCUUUGCCUAUGUGAAGAAAUUAAUGGUGCAAAUCAAGGUAUGUCUAGCUGUUGUUAAGUUUAUUAAUGACAGAUUCCUUC